CCUUCUUUAGCAGUGGACGUGGAUUCAGCUUCCAGUGGGUAGGCCUGCUUGGGUGGAGAAGAAGCAUUGGAGGUUUACUGUUGCCGACAGGAAGCCCACGUCAGCUUAUCUAUAUGAUAGAGUUGCCGUGUUAGUUGGCCGAAAGAAGAUGUUGUACAAGUCAUACAAAAAUGAGUUAGACUACCUACAACUUGGACACGUUGAAUGGACGCCAUAUCAAUCUCAGGUGGUGCAAGCGAUGGACUUGAACAUCUUAUGUAUGCGAGAUUCACACUUGUGGUUGAUGAGAUGCCCCUUGAUUUGCUUCUAUGCAGUCGAGUACCACCUCCCGCAUAGGGUCAUGAGGCAAUUCGGGAGGUGGCAACCUUGUCCACCAAAGCCGUUCUCUACUAGCAUUGACCUCUACAAAAUGGAUAGGCAAAAGUGUAAGAAGAUUACAGACUGGCUUCACGAGCACCAGCACUACAUCAACGAGUUCCAUCACUUUGAAGCCAACAAUGUCAUUCAGCCCCUUGAGCACGAUGUUGAACAAUUCAACUGGCACCUUCAGUUGUAUCAUGCAAACUACCGUGUUCACUUGAGGCCUAGAUGGACACAGGCGGAUAUGUUGGAGGACGAGUCCGACGAUGAGGCGAACAAUGAAUUCGACAAGAGAGUUCGUGAAGGAACCGAAGUAGAGGGCGCCCCAGUUGCAGACUGGGUGGUAAGGCUUACUAAUCGUCUCAAUUGCACUUACAUACUUUUUGUGUUAACUACAUUACAUAUUUCAGUGAAUUUGUAAAUAGGCACACGAGCUGCUUAGGACUAUCAAUGAGGCCAGGCUUGCAUUAGGGACACCCAUUGGAGCUCCCAACGAGUCGAUUACUCUUAGGCAUUUCAUUGAGCGUUUGUGUUCCAAGUGCCGCAAGAUGGCUACCCGUCUUGGAUGUCGUGGCCCCGUUGAUGAUGUUGUCCUUCCCCCACAUCCAGCAGCCAGCGGGUCGAGGUCACGAUCCUUCCCGUUCAGCAAGUGCUGCCACCUCGGGAGGUUCAUGCCACAAGGGACUCGUGGCAAGUGAGUACAAGGAGAAGGAGGGAGACGUCAACCUAUCCGAGGAUGAAGAGGUCGAGGAGGAACAAGAUGUGGAAGGCCCUGAGGAGAUAGGACCAUCCCAGCUUGCCGAUGCACCAUCGGGCUCUCAGGUGUCGCAGGCACGUCCUCGCAAAAAGCCCCAUGACCGUUACAUCGAUCCGUCUCUAAUGAUUCAAGGGGAGCGUCAUCACAAGUAGCCCAAGAAGUACACUCCUGGUACACAUGCUCCGGGACGC